CCUCAUCUCAAGCGUCAGUUUUCUUUCUUUGCACCCCAGAUACUAAAUCAUGCAACCGAGCAACGGCGCGGCACCACCGCCCUCUGGCGGCCCCCCCGACGCAAAUGCGGCCGCGAGACAAUUCGCCCAGACUAUCUCCGAAGAGGAUCUCUUCCAGCGGGCGCAGACGCUCUUUGCCCCAUUCAUUGCUUACCCGCCUAACCGCCCUAUGGUUUUCGUCAAGUUUGGUGGCCCCGAGAAGCAGGCCGAGGGAGACAUGCAGAUGCUCGCGUUCAACUGGCUGCGCCAAGAACGCCAGAGGAACCCCAGCUGUAAUAUCCACGUUCCCGAGGUCUUUAAGAUAUUCAGCAGAGGCGGUUUAACCUUCAUUAUCAUGCAACUUGUCGCAGCAACCCCGGUCCAGCAGUUUGCGACAAAAUUCGACCCUCGUACUUGGGACCAUAACAAGUCUCGCUACUACGAUAUAAUUGCUGAGGGAGUCCGUUUGCUAAGCUGUAUGCCUGUCCCAACCGGCGCAACUCCAGGCCCAUACACGCGCGGUGAACGCCGCAUCAAACACUUGCUCUUCAAAGACCACACAGCCCCAGUUGUGUACCCUACCAUUCAGGAUUUACAAGACCACUUAAAUAGGGUUGCAGAACGCGGAUACCGUAAUAACCCUCACCCGCCAAAGAUCGCUCUUGAGAAAGAACUCGUUUUUUGCUAUACCGAUUUCAAUGACGAGAACUUCAUGUUCACUACCGACCCCGAUGGCCGUCCUCGUCUCUACAUUGUUGACUUUGAACAUGCCUCGUUUUUGCCGCUUAGCUUCCUCGCCUACGCUGUAUUGGAACCCGACUCCCGCUGGUUUUUGUGUAGUUGGAUAGCGAAGAAGUUUGGCGCCUCUCUUCCGCGGAAUAAUAUUGCGGUUAUGCAGAGAUUAUGUUACAUGUUUCAAGUGAGUUCAGCAAAUAUUGGACUUAGGAAGAAACAACUAGCGCCAGACACCUUAGACCAAUAGACUGCUUACUCCUGGGUUGCCGCUACUCUGCCGUCAAUCAAAUUUCUGAGUGGUGCAAAAGUUAGCAUUGC